CCAUCUUGGGACCUGUCGCCCGGUACGGUCCCCUCUCCGGAGGCCCUUCCUGGACACUUCGUGCUGGCCUCUGUGGCCGGGUGCAUCUGUGGUGUGGUGAGAGCCAUACUGAGGACUCAUGAUGCCCGGGAAGCUGGAGAUGGGAUCAGUGUGCUUUGAGGACGUGGCUGUGCACUUCACCUGGCAGGAGUGGCAGGACCUGGAUGCUGCUCAGAGGACCCUCUACAGGGACGUGAUGCUGGAGAACUACAGCAGCCUGGUGUUCGUGGGGCACUGCACAACCAAACCUGAGUUGAUCUUCAAGUUGGAGCAUGGAUUUGGGCCUUGGAGUAAAGCAGAAGCCUCAGUCUGGAACUUUCCAGAUGUCCUAAAAGUGUGUGUCCCAGUUGAGACCAUCCAAGAAAAUGAAGAGAGACAGUGGUGUGAAGUGAGAACCACCAGCACCAAUAUAUCAGAUAAAAAGAUAGCUGAAGCACAACUAAAGGUUCAAGGGAAAAUCCAGCAAGGGGAAAAAACAGAUUCGUGUGUCAAAACACACUGCCACAGGCCACAGCACAAGAAGAGUCACACACGUGGGAAACGCUAUGAAUGUAGGGACUGUUGUGAAGUUUCCCACGAUAAGUCGGCGCUCACAGAACAGCAGAGAACUCAAACUAAAGAGAAGACCUAUGAGUGCAAAGAAUGCAGGAAGGGUUUUUACCACAAGUCACACCUCUUCCGGCAUCAGAAAACUCACACAGGGGAGAAGCCCUAUGGGUGUGAAGCAUGCCCGAAAGCCUUCUACCAUAAAUGCCAUCUCAUCCAACACCAGAGAAUCCACACAGGAGAGAAGCCCUAUGGAUGUGGAGAAUGUAAGAAAGCCUUCCGCCGUAAGUGGCUUCUAACGUUACAUCAGCGAACUCACACAGGGGAGAAGCCUUAUGGAUGUAAAGAGUGCAGGAAAGCCUUCUUCUACAAGUCCCACCUCACUCGACAUCAGAGAACCCAUUCGGGUGAGAAGCCCUAUGAAUGUGGCGAGUGCAAGAAAGCUUUUUGGCAGAAAUCAAACCUUACUGCACACCAGAGAAUUCAUACCGGUGAGAAGCCCUAUGAAUGUAAAGUGUGCAAGAAUGCUUUCUACAACAAGUCAAACCUCACUCUACAUCAGCGAACUCACACAGGGGAGAAGCCUUAUGAAUGUAAAGAGUGCUGGAAAGCCUUCUACAGCAAGUCAAAACUCAGUCGACAUCAGGCAACUCAUAGAGGUCACUGCUUCUGUCAACUACAAUCUGCCAUGGGAGGAAACUUCCUCUUUACAGUGGUGUACCACAAAGCCUCAUAACCACCUGAACUCCUGAGACUAAGUGACUAUUGUGACAUUCUGAUCCAAUGCUCAAUCAGAGAUGGAGGAAAAUAAUCAGACAUCUAUGUCAUCCAUCUAAACCUCAGGGAAUGUUCUGGAAGAGGUGGCUUGAAAGAAUGAAAAGUCAGAAACAGCAUGUGAAGAGGAGCCUGCUUAGCCUGAACCUGAAAUGCAUCAGAAUCUGCCCAGAGUCUGGAGAUGGUGUGAACCCCUACUGAUCACAUCCAUUGAUAGAGAUGUGUGGGCAUAUGUCUUAGUUAGGGUUUCUACUGCUGGGAAGAGACAUGACCAUGAUA